AUGAGUUAGAAUUUUAAAUUCGUAGAGCAAACCCAAGCCUUACCGUUGAUAGUUAGAAAGCCUAUUGCUGUUAUGAAUUACAACUUGUAUAAGAAAUACCGUCAUUCUUAAAAUUAUUAUUACAUUCGAGAAAUUAAUGAAAUAUUAAGUGAUGCAUCUACUAGACAUGUUAUCCUCUUUAAGGAUUGCCUGACUAUAGAUGAGGAAGUACCUUAAUUAAUGCAUAACGAUAGGAUGAGUACCUUAAGAGAUACUAUAAAUUGGAGGAAUAUCCAUAAAAAAUAGCACUGCUCACAGAAUAUUACAAAGUAUUGUGUUCGAUUGAAUUAGUUCCAUGCAGAUAUCGCUAGAAUAUUUGAAGAGCCGGUGUGCACUGUGUUAAACAAAUAUUUUGAUAAGAAAAGGAAGUACGAUUAUUUCCGAAUAGCCAAAAUCAUAGAAGAAGAAAAUAAACUCAAUCCUCAAAAACCCCCAAAAGGAAUUGUGGGCGAGAGACCAUCUCCUGCUAAUUCGUAAGAAUCUCUACCUCAAGAGUAGGAGUAGGUCGAAAAUGAAGUUGUGCAGCACACUUAGGUCCUCAAAGAAAUAAGUUGGUUGAAAAAUGAAAAACCUUUUCACAAAGACGCCUCAUAAACUAUUAAUGAGUUAUUUAAGCAUCUCGAACACUUCGAUGACAUGUCUUCAUUCUCUAUUGCUCCGAUUCCUAAGAAAGAAAAGAUUACUUUGGAUAAUUUCUUACUUUAUAUUGGAACCAAAUUUAACAAAAAACAAAUGACAUCUCCCAAUUACAAACAAACUCAUGAUCAUAGGAUUCAGGAAUUAAUUUUAAAACAAAAGACUAAAACACUUCAAAAGGGACAACCUAAUUAUAGUCUCCAUAAAAAGAAUGAUACAAAAUAUAGUAUUGGUUCCAUUGAAAAGAAGAUCGUCUUUGCUAAGGAUUAAUUUAAUAAUUUGUCCAAGAAGUCCAACAGACAAGUCUCGACAGACAUUAUGGAAAGCUUAACCAAAUUAGACAAUAAACCAUUAGAGUUCAUUAAAAACAAAUCCAAAACAACAGUUACCAAAAAUCAAAUAAAAAUCAAUAACAUUAUACGUGAUGUUAAUCAUAAUAACACUCCUACGCCUUCCUUGCAUAAGGUCUCCAUUAGUUCUACUCAUCUCAAAACCUAAUAACCAUAUGCUGUACCGUAGAGUAAUAAUUUCAAGUUGAACUCUUUGGCUAAGUUACUAAUUGAAGAUACUUAUAACGAUCAAUAGCAUAAUAAACUCAAACAUGGUGCCAUCACUCAUAGACCUUUAUCAGGAACUCAUACAUUAUUUACUUCAUAUUCUAAUAGAAAUAGUCCAUCCAUUAAUAAUAAAUAAUAAAAUCUUUAAAAUUCUAAACCUGAUUUCAAUCAGAUAAAGAAAGGGAAAUAAAUUAAUUCUACCCAACUACCCUAAUAAUUUGGAUAAUUGGCCAAAAACUUAUUCAAAAAAGUCUUAAAUUCUAAAAAGCCAAAACCUAUUAAUCAUAUAAUGUAGAGUUCUCAACAAGAUAAAGUGUUGAAUCAAUUUGAUAAAUUGAAAAUUAACUGCAAUUCUCAAUAAUAAUUGAAUGAAAUUAAUGAAAAAAAACAGCACAAAAAAAUCAAAUCAGAUGGAAGAGCACUCUAUAAUAAGUUUUCUAUACCAGAGUUAGGAUGUUUGACAGAAAGACACGAAAAAGAAUCCCCUUUGCUCAACUUUCAUAGCAAUAACAGUCAUGGUUCACCACAACAAUUUAGAAGACUUGAUAGUGAAAAAUAGGAAUCAAUAUCAAAAAACAUGAAAGGAUUAAUGAUAUAAUAAAUGUUGAAGUAACUAGCUAAAAAAAAUUAGUAGAAUUAAUAAAAAUAAGAGCUUUGUUCUAUUAUUAAAAAUUCUUAGAAAAUAUUUUGA